CCUUGAGGAAAGGAGCUGGGCAGUUGGCACCGGAUUCCCCAGGCAGGGGAAAGCAGCCAGAGACGACCCCUCCCCUCCCUUCCUCCCGCUCAUCACCACCAGAGUCAUCUUCUCCAUCAUGUCUCCACUGAGGAACUCAAUCCUGCUCUUGGCUCUGUUCCUCCCGUCGCUGCUAGCCACAGUGGACGAUGCCUUGGGUCCACCCAGGAUUGGGUCAUCUUCUCCAGAUGGUGGCAACCGUAGCUCCAAGUGUCAGGAGCACACUGAGUGCCAGGAAGGUGUGAUCUUACCUGUGUGGCUCCCUCAGAAUCCUUCCGUCGGAGAUAAGGUGGCCCGGGCCAUCGUUUACUUUGUGGCCCUCAUCUACAUGUUCCUGGGCAUGUCCAUCAUUGCCGACCGCUUCAUGGCCUCCAUCGAAGUGAUCACCUCGCAGGAGAAGGAGAUCACCAUUAAGAAACCCAACGGGGAGACCAUGACGACAACCAUCCGCAUCUGGAACGAGACGGUGUCCAACCUAACCUUGAUGGCCCUGGGGUCGUCUGCCCCCGAGAUACUCCUGUCCAUCAUCGAGAUCGUGGGUCACGGCUUUCAGGCAGGAGACAUGGGUCCCAGCACCAUCGUGGGCAGCGCCGCUUUUAACAUGUUCAUCAUCAUUGCCGUUUGCAUUCACGUGGUCCCUCAAGGCGAGAUACGGCGCAUCAAACACCUGCGGGUUUUCUUCGUCACCGCGGCGUGGAGCAUCUUUGCUUACAUCUGGUUGUACCUUAUCUUGGCCUGGUUCUCUCCCGGUGAGGUAGAACUCUGGGAAGGUCUUCUCACCUUCUUGUUUUUCCCAGUCUGCGUCCUCCAAGCUUGGAUAGCUGACCGGAGGCUCCUCUUCUACAAGUACGUCCAUAAAAAGUACCGGGCGGAUAAGUCGCGAGGUCUCAUUAUCGAGAGCGAGGGUGAUAUCGGCUACCCGAAAAUGGACAUCGAGAUGGAUAACUCGCUCAAAGAAGGAUCGGAAGGUCUGGGGGACACGGGUAAGGAUCAAGACGAGGAAGCCCGCAGGGAUAUGGCUCGAACCUUGCGGGAUUUGAAACAGAAGCACCCUGAAAAGGACAUGGAACAACUGAUCGAAAUGGCCAACUAUCAGGUACUGGUCCAGCAGCAGAAGAGCCGCGCUUUCUACCGCAUCCAAGCGACCCGUAUGAUGAUCGGAGCCGGGAACAUCCUCAAGAAACACGCGGCCGAUCAGGCCCGCAAAGCCAUCAGUAUCCAAGAAGUCCAGGCGGAGGAAGAUGAAUCGGUGACCAGAGUCGGUUUCGAGCCAGCUCACUAUCAGUGCUUCGAGAACUGUGGCUCGGUGGUCCUGACCGUGGCCCGUCGAGGAGGCGAUCUGGCCUGCGUCACUGUGCGAGUGGACUUCCGUACGGAGGACGGAACCGCCAACGCUGGCUCCGACUACGAAUUUGCAGAGGGUACCUUGCUCUUCAAGCCGGGAGAGACACACAAGGAACUGCGGGUGGGGAUCAUUGACGAUGAUAUUUUUGAAGAGGACGAGUAUUUUUACGUCCAUCUCAGCAACGUCAGGGCAGCCUGGGCCGAGCCGGGUCCAGAACCUCCUCCGAAAGCUUGUCUUGCGCCCUCCAAGAUGGCCACUGUGACGAUCUUCGACGACGACCACGCCGGUAUCUUUACCUUUGAGGGACCCUCGAAGCGAGUGAGCGAAAGCGUAGGCGUGGUGCACAUCAAAGUGUUGAGGACUUCGGGAGCCCGUGGACGAGUGGCCAUCCCUUAUCACACCAUCGAGGGCACGGCUAAAGCCGGCGAGGAUUAUGAGGAAGUGGCUGGCAAGGUGGAAUUUCAGAACGACGAGACGGUAAGAUACAUCGAGAUAAAAAUUAUUGAUGAUGAGGAGUAUGAAAAAAAUAAGAAUUUCUAUCUGGAGUUGGGACCCCCAGUUAUUUUGGACAUCGGACUCCGGCACGGUGAUACUAACGAGAAUCAAUUGCCUGCAGGGGAGGAGAAAAUUGCCAAAAUGGGAUACCCCAGUUUGGGAGAAAAUGCCAAACUUGAAGUUAUCAUUGAGGAAUCUUACGAGUUCAAGAGCACUGUGGACAAAUUGAUCAAGAAAACCAACUUGGCGCUCGUGGUGGGAAGCAGCAGUUGGCGAGAGCAGUUCGUAAGCGCCGUCACCGUCAGUGCCGGUGACGAUGAAGACGACGAUUCGGGCGAGGACCGUCUCCCUUCCUGCUUCGACUACAUCAUGCAUUUCCUCACCGUCUUCUGGAAAGUUCUCUUCGCGUUCGUGCCGCCCACCGAGUAUUGGUGCGGCUGGGCUUGCUUCCUGGUCUCGAUCUGCCUCAUCGGGGUGCUCACCGCCCUCACGGGGGACCUGGCCUCUCACUUCGGCUGCACCAUCGGACUCAAGGACUCGGUCACGGCGGUGGUGUUCGUGGCGCUGGGUACCUCCGUGCCCGAUACCUUCGCCAGCAAGGUGGCCGCCAUCCAAGACCAGUACGCCGACGCUUCCAUCGGCAACGUGACGGGCAGCAACGCGGUUAACGUCUUCCUCGGCAUCGGUGUGGCCUGGACCAUCGCCGCCAGCUACUGGGCCAGCAAGGGAAAACCCUUCGAGGUGCAGCCGGGCUCCCUGGCCUUCUCCGUCACCCUUUUCACCAUCUUUGCCUUCAUCAGCAUCGCGGUGCUGUUGUACCGGCGCCGGCCUCCGGUGGGGGGCGAGCUGGGCGGUCCCCGAACCCCGAAACUUCUGUCCACCUUGCUUUUCGUCAGCCUCUGGCUGGUCUACAUCCUCUUAGCGGCUUUAGAAGCCUAUUGCCAUAUCGAAGGCUUCUGAAGCGGCGGGUUCGAAUCCAGGACUUUGAGAAUCCGGAAAGGACCUCACACCACUCGGAGGGACCCACCUCCCUGUGUAAACGUGCAGGAUCCCUCCCCCCCCUUUUUAAAAAUUUCCCUCUCUCCACCGCCCGUCUUGCCACUUCGGCGUCCGAUUUGGGGCGUGCUUAGGUCUUCCGUGUCAGCAGGGACCAGGUGGGGCUGCCAUCUUGGCUUUGGACCAGCCCAAGUCACGAGUUCGAGACGGUGUCUCGGAGAAGACUUAUUAAGGGGAAGGAGAAAUUUUUUGGGCGGGGGGAAAGCUGUCGUCGUCCGUGGCUGCUGCGUCUGAUAUGAGGGGUGGAAGGGAUGGAUUCACACCUGUCCAAUUUCUCUUGUUCUCCUGCAUUAAUUGAAGACUUUGGAGCCAUUGGCCUUUGGCCAAUGCUCAAGAAUUUAAAAAGGGGAGCAGGAUCUGUUACCUCUCUCCUCCAUCCUGCCCUACUUCAAGCCACGGUUUAAUGGAAGGAAGCUUGCUUGUGCCCGGACAUCGGAAGGCCAUCCGAACCGAGUUUUUGGAACGAAGGAAAGGAAUUUUGCACAAAAUGCUAUCCUCUUGGUCUCCCAUCCAUAAGGAGGAGAAGGGCCGGGAGGGCCAAGAGGGGGGGACAAUCCCGAAACUGCCAAUUUGUCUUCAAGCACAGUCCAGUCUCUCUUAAAAGCCAACCUUCGCGCUCUUCCCGAAAACAGCACAAAACGUCUCUCCGAACGGCAGAAAAAGGGAACAAAAAAAAAAUUAAGAGCGAAGCUGCUUUUCCCCGUAGCUUUAUUUUCUGCCAGGGUUGCUCUGUUUCUGUCGUCCAUUUUGGGGUGGGGCCCUUUGUACGGAGCCCGAAUUUUUAUUUUUUUAGCAUUGAUCCUACACGCCGGCCAAACACAGACGUGCCUCCGCCCGGAGAGGUUAUUUAUCUUUUUUGUGUUUUCAUUUCACAACUGAGCCAAAGCGGAGGUAGUCCUUCACUUACGACCACCGUUGGGACUAGAACUUUGGUCGCUAAGCGGGUCGUUGAAUCGUGUCCAAUUUUGUUCACCUCGUUUUGCUGCCGUCGUUAAGUGGAUCACAUGGUCAUUGAUUCAGUCACCCCAAUUGUACUUCCGUCGAAGCACGUUCUCAUCAACGGAGCCAGGGACAAUUUUAA